AUGGCCGAACUAGCGCUAGCUAUCAUUCCGCUGGGAAUAACAGUUACAUCUGGUCUCGUCAAGUAUCUGAAAGCUGUCAACGAUCACGAUGACGACCGUACCCGAGUUUUGCGUCAGGCUGAACGCUUGUCCAGCACGUUUCAAUCACUUAAAGCCGCUUUAAACCGAUCUCAGCUUGACCCAGAACUUUCUGCCUCGGCAUCGCAGGCUUCUGGUUGUCUCAACGAUUGCCAAAAAGCAUUGGAAGAACUGGACAUCCUUCAACAGAAAGUCUUUGCCACCGCUACCAGCAUCGUCGCGGCGACUUCCCCCGCGCGAACAAAGGACAAGAUAAAAGAUGGGUACAGGAAGCUCAUAUAUCCGCUGCGAAAAUCCGACAUCGAAAAUCUGGGAGGAGCUUUGGAUAGGCUUUCGACAACGCUUAGCUUGGCUCUAGAAAUGCUUCAUGUGUAA